CGGAGACAGCAAAUGCUGCCCCUUUUCUGGGGCAGAUCAGGAAUCUGGAAGGGCAGAUUUUCACCUUGGGCAAUAUAGCGAAGGAGCCUUGGUUGUAUGGGGCUGGGCACGUCCUGCCUGCCGCUCAGUGCUUUGUGGACCUUCUUCAUUCCGCUUCAGCAUUCGACCUAUCUGCGCAACCGCUAUCGAGCUCUCCAUCGAGUCCUUGGCAGGUUGAUUCUCCUAUCUGCCCUCCCUCUGGCUAUCACACCUUUCUUCUUUAAAGCGAAAGGUGUCUUCUACACACACGAGGACGCGUUGCACCUCCAUCGCCCAUUUGCUUCCCUUGCAGCCCAUUCCUCUACGCCAAGUGUACUCAGGCCUCUUCUGAGAGGGGUGCUUUGGCCCACUUCUGAGGUCUUUGGCUGGAUCAUCUCCACUAUCUUCUUGUUCACAGCCUACAAGACUGUCACGACGGCUCGCUCGCGCCGCAUUGCCGAGCACAAGAGGUGGGCCACCAUGCAGACUCUCGUUGGACUCACAAUCCACAUCGAGCGAUUCACCCUCGUCUUUUGCUCUGCACUAGCCAGUGCCAUUGCAAACAUCUUACCCGAGCAUCUGAAGAUGGCCUUGGGCGUUCCGACGAAGAGAUCAGAUUUUGCAGCGGGUGAAAUGGCCGCCUUUGCGUUCUCAUUGUGGGCUGCAGCAGCCAUCACUGUGCCUUGGGCUUGGCAAGCCUGGAGGCAGCUAGAUGCUACGCACUCAGCUUCGGCUCAAAAUAAGAUCAAGUAAGACGAAAGAAGAAAAUAUCUCAUUGCUCAAGGCACCCUGCCUCUCGAUGUCGCCUA